AUGACCCGCUUCUCUCCUCCUCCCCCCCCUCCCCUCCUCCCCCCUCCCCCCGCCCCUAACCCUCCUCCUCCAGUCCCCUCCCCUUACGCGCUCCCUGUCUCUCGCCCCCUCCCACUCCCCACUCCAGCCUCCGUCCUCUGCUUCCCUCCUCCUCCUAGGUUCUCCGCUCCCCUCCCUCCCUCCCCCCCGCCCCUCCACCUUCGUUCCCCCUCGCUCCCGUGUUUCCUCCUCUCCCCCCCCUCCCUCCUCCCUCCUCUUCUCUCCCUCUUCCUCCCAACACAUCCCCCCCCACCCUUCCCUCCUCCUCCCCCUCCACUCCCUCGCCCCCUCAUUUCCAUUCUCUUCCCCACUCUCCGCCCCACCUCCCUCCGACGCCCGUCCCCUCCCCGCUUUUUUCCCAAUCCCUCUCUCCUUCCGCCCCCCAUCCCAUCCCGCUCGCUCCCCCUCCCGUCCCCCCCUCCUGCUCCCACCCACCUACCCUCCCCGUAUCCUCCGCUCCCGCCCUGUCCCUCCUCCCUCCCUCGCCUCCCCCCUCCUCUCCUCUGUCCACACCUUCCGUCCGAUUCGGAGAUUAUCCCCCACCCUCUCCCUUCCUCUCCCCCCUCUCCCCCCCUUCGCCCCCCCCCUCCUCGCUUCCCUCCUCCCCUUUUCCUCCCCCCCUCUUCCCCCUACCUCCUCCCCCUCCUACUCCCGCUCUCCCGGCUCGCCUCCACUCCCCUCCCCUCUCUCUCCACUUCACCUUCCGCCCCCAACAUAUCCUCCAUUCCCUCCCUUCCCCUCCUCCCCCCCUCCUACCCUACUCCUCCUCCCUCCUUCCCGAUCCUCCUCGCCCCCCAUCUCCUAAGCUCCCCUCCCUCCACCUCCCUCGUCCUCCCCCCCCCGCCUCCCCUCACGUCCCCCGCCUCCCCCCGUGCUCCCUCUCUCCUCCAUCCACUCCACCCCAUCCGUCCCCCCGUCCACUCCCCUCACUGCUUCCUCCUCGCGUCCCCCAUCCUUCCUUGCCCCAUCGCCCCCCUCACCCCCGAAUCCUCCUCCCCCGACCCCUUCCCUCCCCUCCACUCUCGUGCCUCCCUCCUGUACCCUACCCGCCUCCUCAACCCCACUCUCCACUCUCCCCCCCUCUCCCCUCCUCCCCUUUCCCAUCGGUCCCGCCUUCCCUCCCACCCCUCCUCCCUCCACCCCUUCCGCCUCCCCCCACUCGGCGCCUGUUUCCCCCUCCCCCCCCUCCAGGACUCCCCCCCUCCCUUCCCGCCCCCUCGCCCCGUCCGCCCAAUCCCUCUGCGCACCCCCGACACCUCUCCCCCUCCCCUCCUGAGUUCCCCCCCCCCUCCCUUCAUCCUUCCUCCUAUCACUCUCCAUGCCCCCCCUCUUCCCCCCAUCCCCCCCCCACCUUCUCCUCCUCCCCCUCUUCCUCCCUUCCUACUCACACAUCCUCCUCCACCCGCCUCCCCCUCUCGGUCCUCCUUCCCUUUCCCCCUCCUUCCCUCUCACCUCCCUCCCCUCUCCCCUCCCUCCAUUCCUCCUACCCCGUCUCCCCCUCCCACUUCCCUCCUACCCUCCCCCACCGCACCUCUCCUUCCCCAUCCUCAUCCCCAGCUCCCUCCCUCUGUUCUCAACUCUCCCGUUCCCACUUCCUGA